AUGCUGGAGCGAAUGUCCCGUCGAUCUCGCUCCUGGCUCUCCUUGACCUUGACCACUCUGGCUCUGGCCCUCUCCAUCCUGGCUCUGUGCACCUCUUACUGGUGCGAGGGCACCCACAAGGUGGUGAAGCCACUCUGCCUGUCGCCCGUCCAAAUGAAGAACUGUGGUCAGAACAACAGCGAGCCUGACACCACAGAGAGUCCCACCCAGAACCCCUUCAACCGCACACUGUCUCCGGCCCGGAGAGACGAGCUGGCCAAGAUCCGACAGAGGCAGCUGGCCAACGCAGUUCAGUACAUCUGAGAAGACAAGUUUGCUUUUAGAUACUUCCACACUGGUUUCUGGGAGAGCUGUGAGAAACACAGCGACGGGGAGAAAUGUCGAAGCUUUAUCGAGUUAACACCUGGAGAAACACAAGGUGUGCUCUGGCUCUCAGUUGUUUCAGAGUUUACGUACAUCGGCCUGCUGGGGAUGGGCUUCUUACUGAUGUGGCUGGAAGUCUUGUGUUCCAAGAAAGAGAUGCACUCGCUAAAGAUUAAUGCCUAUGCAGCUAUCUGCACGGUGUUAUCAGGUCUUCUAGGGAUGGUGGCACAUAUGAUGUUCACCACAGUGUUUCAGAUGACAGUCAUCAUGGGCCCCAAAGACUGGAGGCCUCAGUCCUGGGACUACGGCUGGUCUUUUGCUCUUGCUUGGGUGUCCUUCAGCUGCUGUAUGGGCGCGGCCGUGGUCACGCUCAACUCCUACACGAAGACCAUCAUCGAGCUCCGCCGCAAACGGAGGCUCCGCUUGGAGGAGGCGAGAGCCGGCACUCACGCUCCCUCCUACGAUGAGGUCAUUCCAGGAGGCGGGCUCUACUCCGUCAGCGGCCUGUUGCAGUGUCCGGAGGGCAUGAUCGACGUCGCGUGGGCCCCGAGCGGCAGUGUGGUCGGAGUGGGAAAUGGAGACGUGCCAACGCUAGUUUUGGUUGGAGGCUGUGGCCCAGAGGGAUGUGAAGACUGUGAGAGAGAGAUGGAUGAGGCCAUGGACCGAGUUGAUUCACCUUGUUAG